AGAGAGGGGGGGGGGAGAGAGGGUGAGGUUCUCCCUCUUCUACUGCUGCAGUGUCUGAUUCUCCCUCCACCAUCUCAUCAUCCCACCAUCAUCCUCCUCCUCUCCCUCCUGUCUGUCUGCCCUCCCCCUUCCUCCUCCUCUUCCUCCUCCCACCGCCUCCAUCCAGUGGAGGCACGGCGACAAAAGAGAGAGAGAGAGAGAGAGAGAGAGAGAGAGAGAGGGAGAGAGAGAGAGGGAGGGAAGGAGGCUGCAGACUUUCCGGCAGAGAGGAAGAGGAGAGGAGGAAGAAGAGACAGAGGCAGCGGACUCUCCAUCUUCGCCAUUCCAGUCAUGACUCUGGAAGACGGCCUGUGAGGCUGUGCUCGGUGUGAAGACUCUUCAGCUACGGGACGGUGCCACGCCGAGCUCUGACCAGAUGGAGGUGAACGCGGCCAGAAAACGCCAUCGCACACGAUCCAAAGGAGUCAGAGCCGCCGUGGAAGCAGCGACUCAGGAGUUGUUCAGCUGUCCCACUCCGGGCUGCGAUGGCAGCGGACACGUCAGCGGGAAGUACGCCAGGCACCGCAGCGUCUACGGCUGCCCGCUGGCCAAGAAGAGGAAAGCUCUGGAGAAACAACCGCUGGAGCCGGCUGCCAAGAGGAGGCCCUUCCUCCCGCCCUGCAACGGGGGGGAGGAGGAGCAGCCCGGCGCCUACGCCCGAUACCACGGCCGAGCCCCGGAGGCCGGGCCGGAAGGGAAGGAGCAGGGCGAGGUAGUGGAGGAGGACGAGGAGGAAGAGGAGGCGGAGAGGGAAGGCGAUGAAGACGGGGAGGACGAGUUCUCGGAGGACAACGAGGAGCAGGAGGGGGAGGAAGAGGAGGAGGAUGAAGAGGAGGAGGUAGAUGUGGGGAGAGCGGGUGUGACAGUGGGAGGAGAGCGGGCGGAGGAAGAGGAGGAAGAGGAGGAGGAGGAGGAAGAGGAGGAGGGGAUGUACGAGGAGGAAGAAGAAGUGGAGGAUGGUGAUGAUGAGGAGGAUGAAGGCGAGGAAGACGAGGAGGAGGAAGAGGAGGAGCCACGUCGUCAGCAUGCAGAGAACCACUUCAAACCCGCCGGACAAUCAAAGCUGCUCCUCAUCCAGAAGGACGACAACAACAACCACCACAACCACCACAGCUGCACCGCCGGCGCCGGCAACGGCACCGGGGAGGACUACGAGAACUACGACGAGCUGGUCGCCAAGUCGCUGCUCAACCUGGGCAAGAUCGCGGAGGACGCCGCCUACCAGGCGCUGACCGAGUCCGAGAUGAACAGCAACUCGUCCAACAGCGGCGGGGAGGACGAGGACGACGAGGAGUACGGCGGCGGCCGCAAGGGCGAGCUGAGCGUGGACCUGGACAGCGACGUGGUCCGGGAGACGGUGGACUCCCUGAAGCUGCUGGCGCAGGGACACGGCGCCAUGCUGCCCGAGGACGGCUACCCGGACGGCGCCAUGCUGGGCGACGCCGGCCACCACGCCAACGGGAGGCCCGGCGCGAGGGCCCCGGCGGACGAGAGCGAGGAGGAGGUGUGCCUCAGCAGCCUGGAGUGUCUGCGGAACCAGUGCUUCGAUCUGGCCCGCAAGCUGAGCGAGACGCAGGCGUGCGACCGCCCGGGCCUCCACGCGCUGCACCACCAGCUCCAGAUCCCAGCCGACCACCAGGUGGUGCACCACCUCAACAGGUACGACAGCUGCCAGCAGAGCGCCCAGGAGGAGCACCGGUCCCUGGAGCGCAGCUACUCCGACAUGGUGAACCUGAUGAAGCUGGAGGAGCAGCUGAGCCCGGGCUCCAGAGGUUACCCCACCAGCUGCAGCCAGGAGGGCGACGAGGACACCACGUCGGUGGCCUCCGACCGCUCGGACGAGACCUUCGACAUGGCCAAGGGGAACCUGUCGCUGCUGGAGAAGGCCAUCGCCCUGGAGUCGGAGAGGGCGAAGGUCAUGAGGGAGCGCGUCGCCUCGGAGCACUCGCUGCCCCGCCGGGAGCACCACCACCACCACCACCACCACCACCACCGAGGCCACGGCGAGCACAGCUCCCGCCUGAGCUGCGCCGGCGAGGAGCGCAAGUCCAGGAUGCACCACGACGGGCUGAAGAGGGCGUACUACCCGAAAGACUCUUCCCGGGGGGACAAGAAGGAGAGCAAGUGUCCGACGCCGGGCUGCGACGGCACCGGCCACGUGACGGGUCUCUACCCGCACCACCGCAGCCUGUCCGGCUGUCCCCACAAAGACCGCGUCCCUCCCGAGAUCCUUGCCAUGUAUGAGAAUGUUUUAAAGUGCCCCACACCCGGCUGCUCUGGACGGGGUCAUGUCAAUAGCAACCGGAACUCGCACCGCAGUCUGUCCGGCUGUCCCAUCGCUGCAGCAGACAAGAUGGCGAAGGUCCACGAGAAAAGCAUCCCGACUGAGAGCGGCAGUAAGACCAAUCAGACGUCAGACCGCGUGCUCAGGCCGAUGUGCUUCGUGAAGCAGCUGGAGAUCCCUCAGUACGGCUACAAGAACAACGUCCCCACCAGCACCCCGCGCUCCAACCUGGCCAAAGAGCUGGAGAAGUACUCCAAGACCAGCUACGACUACGGCGGCUACGACGGGCAGCACGCCGCCGCCUACGGGAAGCGCGGCCUCGCCUCCAAGCUGCCCCCCGGCCGGGACCCCUCCCCCAGGGGCUACGACGCUAAGCGCUACUGUAAGACGUCGAGCCCGGCCAGCAGCACCACCAGCAGCUACGCCCCCAGCAGCAGCAGCAGCCUGAGCUGUGGAGGAGGCGGCGCUGGAGGAGGAGGAGGAGGAGGAGGAGGAAGCAGCGCCAGCAGCACCUGCAGUAAGAGCAGCUUCGACUACACCCACGACAUGGAGGCGGCCCACAUGGCGGCCACGGCCAUCCUCAACCUGUCGACCAGGUGCAGGGAGCUCCCCCACGCGCUGGGGGGGAAACCCCAAGACCUGCUGACUCAGAUCUCAGCAGUCCACUUGAGCCCCGUGGGCGACCUGGAUGACGGGGGCCCGCUGGACGUGGGGGGCCAGCCCGGCGGGCCGGAGGGCAGCGGGACGGUGCUGACCCCCCUGCAGCCCAUGUCCCCCCAGCGCCAGGCCCUGCUGAGCAGCCGCUGCUACCAGCUGAGCGAGGCCGACUGCUGGGACCUGCCGGUGGACUACACCAAGAUCAAACGCCUGGGGGGCGAGGAGGAGCACAAGGAGUCUGCGUACUUCUCGUCCCUGCACCAGGCCGACCAGCUGGACCCCUUCCAGGAGCUGCUGGAGGAGCAGCGCUACCCAACCGAGGCCCCCACGCCCAGCCCCAAGCACCACAAGUACCCGGCCUGCAAGGAGGGCAAGAAGGAGCUCCUCACGCUGUCCAGCUGCCAGCUGGCCGACAAGAACAUCCGCGGGAUGAUGGCGACCAACUCUCAGGACCUCAGGUGUCCGACCCCCGGCUGCGAUGGAUCUGGACACAUCACGGGAAACUACGCCUCCCACAGGAGUCUCUCCGGCUGUCCCCGAGCCAAGAAGAGCGGCAUCAAGAUCCUCCACAGCAAAGAGGACAAGGACGACCAGGAGCCAAUCAAGUGUCCGGUGCCGGGCUGUGACGGACAGGGUCACGUGACGGGGAAGUACGCCUCCCACCGCAGCGCGUCGGGCUGCCCCCUGGCGGCGAAGCGCCAGAAGGACAACUACGUCAACGGCUCGCAGUUCGUGUGGAAGUCGGGGAAGACGGACGGCAUGAGCUGCCCGACGCCCGGCUGCGACGGCUCGGGACACGUCAGCGGCAGCUUCCUGACCCACCGGAGCCUCUCCGGGUGUCCCCGGGCCACCUCGGCCAUGAAGAAGGCCAGGAUGAGCGGCGUGGAAAUGCUGACGAUCAAGCAGAGGGCGAGCAAAGGCAUCGAAAACGAUGAAGAGAUCAAACAGCUGGACGAAGAAAUCAAAGAUCUGAACGAGUCCAACACUCAAGUGGAGUCCGACAUGAUCAAACUGAGGACACAACAGAUCACCACCAUGGAGACCAACCUGAAGUCCAUCGAGGAGGAGAACAAGGUGAUCGAGCAGCAGAACGACUCGCUGCUGCACGAGCUGGCGAACCUCAGCCAGUCGCUCAUCAACAGCUUGGCCAACAUCCAGCUUCCACACAUGAAACCUGCAGCACAGAAAGAGGCCCCAGUAAAGCAUAGCUGCUGUGUACAGAUGCCUCACAGAGAGCCGAUGAACGAGCAGAACUUUGACACGUAUGUGAGUACACUGACUGACAUGUACACCCACCAGGACCAGUACCAGAGCCCGGAGAACAAGGCGCUGCUGGAGAACAUCAAACAGGCCGUUCAGGGGAUCCAGGUUUAGAGCCGAAAACAAAAAGAAAAAAAGGUCAAAAAGGAGGAGCAGGUUGUUUUUCGCUGAUCGGCCGUCGCUCUUUUAAUUCUUCUGCUGUUCUGCUCUCGACUCCAUUGGUCUUUUUCAAAUGAUUUUCAUUGUCGUUGCCUUGCUUUCAAAAACGUUUUAAACGAACAUUCACGUUUUGUACAUUUUCAUAUGACCUAAAAUAAUGUGAUGUACUGUUUAUAGCUGCUGAUGCACAUUCCAGUGUAUAUGUAUGUAUUUAUUUAUUGUGAGCUUGAAUCAUUUCCUGAUUAAACUGGGUGUCACGGGUGUAAAGGGGGGGGUCGGGGGGGGGGGGGUUACCGGAAGAGCAAUCAUUCAACAAAGCUUUUCUCGCCGGAGGCGGUUUCAUUAACGGAUGUAAUUGGUUCAUUUUGGAAGCGGACUUUUGAAACACGGCGACACGCAGACGGGUCGUCCCGGUUGGUUCCCACCUGUCCUGGUCCCGUCACUCUUCUUCGUUGGUGCGUAAAGACGAAACGGCCACAGAAAAACGUGGGAGACAAUCUGCCAUCCCCCGUUUGUUUUACUCCUCGCCCUUUGAAGCGUAGCUAUUAGGACAACGUGUCAGCAAUAUUGGUAUGAUAAUCUGAAAUCCUUUGGAUGUGGGAUGCAAUCUACACGGAGAAAAACAACGUUUGGGUAUAUGCAAUUUCUUAUGAAUAAAACUAGCAGAGAGCGGAUAGAUCUUUUUACUAAAUAUAAAUGUGUUGCGUUUUGUACAAACCUUUUACUACAAUCACGUUGUGGGAGUGAAAGGCCUUCGGUUCCGUCGUGUUGGACACCUUGGUUUCCAUGUUUUGAUGUUUUUCCCGCUGAGACGCACCUGACGGGGCGAAAGGCUUCGUAGACGUGAUUCUUUCUUUCUUUCUUUCUUUCUUUGUGAAAAAGGCCGACGGCUCCACUGGGACUUACAGGGUCAAACGUCCCCCAUCCCUCAUUGUAUAUUGCACUCGUUCUGUAGAAGAAAAAAAAACGUCUUUCCAAUCACGCGCCUCGGCGGGACGCGGGCGCCGCCGCGGUGACCAAGCAGCACUUUUUUUUUUUUUUUUUUUUUAACGGUGGUUGAUUGUUGGUCUAAAAGGAGGCGAGUUGGAAAGGUGCUGGUGGAACGCCGUGGAUCAUGCAUGCACUUUAUGGGAGUAUGUCAAAGUAUAUCACGCUUUGUGGAGACGGAGACUUUUUCACUGUUUGAAGGAAGACUCCCCCCCCCCCCACUGAAGGAAACCCCACACAGAGCACAGGGGUGAACUGCGACUCCCAAGGUGCAUUGCAACCAAUCAGAUUGAAACUUGUCGUUAACGAUGGGCGGAGACUAAAAAGAUUAUUCUUUGAAUUCGGGGUCAAUAGUGUAUAAAUCCGGUAACUGUGGCCCUGUGCUUUGGUCGGGUUGUUACUCCGUCUCCAUGGCAACGACGGCCCAAAGGCUCAUGGGUACCGAGGCGCUUAGAGACGCCCAAACAGACGGUCAACAAACAGCAAGCUGAUCGAAAACACAUCAGUCCGAUUCAAGGUUUUACAUUUUGGGAUGUCGUUUCCCAGAAUGCCUUUCAACAGAGAGAGGUUUUCACAGUCAUUUAGAAUAUAUUAAAUAUAUAUAUAUUAAAUAUAUAUAUAAGACACAGCCCCAGACUUAGAAUCAGGAGUCACACACAUUCUCUCACUUUGUGGUGUGUCUGGAAUAUUUUUGUAAUUCUAAAAAGACAUUUAAGGGGGAAAAACAAGUUCUCUGAUAGCGUUUUAGUGGAACAUUUCUCUGCCAUCAGUCGAGUUUGAACCGUUAGAAACAUUCAGCUGGGGGGAGUUUUCCUUCAAAGAUGCUUCUUCCUUUUUGGACUUUUCUUCACAUCUCCGUCCAAAGCUUCGUGUCUGCAGCUUCCUGCCAGUAAACUACUGCAUUAGAUAGACUGACAGCUUGUAUUUUUAUUGAGUCAGUUAUUCUAACUGACAACAAAGGAAAUGGGAGUUAAAGCACAAUUCUGCCACUUAAAGAAGGUCAAUAGACUAGAUGAUGUAAUAUCAGAUGUAAAAGCUAAACUGUAACUAUUUACAUAGAGAAUUUCAACACUAACAUGUGACAUGCUAGAAUGCAAAAAUAAAUCCAUAUGAAUAUUUGUGAAGUCAUACGUUUAUGAAAAUGUUUGUUUGUUUUCAGCGGCGCAUUGAUGAGGGGUUUUUAUACAACAUUCAUUUCCUCUCUUUUUACCCCUUUUUUCUGUGCUACCCGUUACCUUUCAGCAGCAGUUUUCUUACCACAUGGCAUGGGUUUUUGUUGAUAUUUUACCUGUAUGUUUAAGGUCACGAGAUACGCUACGUGAUAUUUUAAGUUGACUUGUGAAGUUUGUACAAUUUCUAUCAUGCUGGUGUUGGCAUCUCUUGCUCUGAAUAAAUCUUGUGUUGCGACACUGA